AUGAUCAACAUCCUCGAGCUUCCUAAUGAGCUUCUUUUCGAGAUUGCCAGAUAUUUUGAACAGCCCGAAGAAGUCUACAGCCUUGUUCUCACCUGCUCUGAUUUCCACCAACUUUUCUCAGAUGUUCUCUUCGACUUUGCUGUCUACGCUCCCAGCAACGACAUGCACGCAAUCCGUGUUCUCUACACCUACGCCUCAGGGGGCCACGGCCACCUCGUUAACAAACUCAUCACCAAGCGUGCCAGCGUCAAACAACCCUCCAGUGAUAGCUCCCCAGAAUCCGGUCUCAAUCUCUGCUCCCGAGUGCUGCAGUACGCAAUCGCAAAAGACAACAAGCCUGCCGUGGAGCAGCUACUCAAAUGUAGCGUCGUGAUGGACACGCCCGACCAUGGCUUUUUAGCCCUGCACACAGCCGUGAUCUGGAUACAGGAUGACAUGCUUCAAUUCCUCGUCUCCAAGGGCGCUGACGUGCACAAGAAGGACCCGCAGUCCCGUGACGCCCUCUCGAUUGCUGCACAGCUUGGCCACGCGUCUACGAUCCGCGUGCUGCUGGAUCUGGGGGCCACUAUGGGGGUUGGCCAGUCGGGGCGGACGGCAAUCCAUGAGGCGGCGAGGCGGGGGUACACGGAGAUACUGGAGAUGCUUCUGGGAAACCCUCGUGGAAAGGUUUCUCUAGACGUUCAGGAUAAUAGGGGGAGGACUGCCCUGGGUAUCGCAGCGCGUAUGGGGGAUACGGAGUCGGUCAAGGUGUUGCUUGAUCACGGGGCGGAUCCGGAUAUUCACGACUCUAUUGGGAGGAGCCCAAGAUUAAUCGCGUGUCAUCCUGACAGGUCGGCGAUUGCACGUCUUAUGGCGGGGAUUCCUUUACAAUGCAGGACGAAUAGAGGAUGA